AUGGCUUCCCAGCUGCCGGAGUGGGCGAAGCUGUUCCUGGCAGAGCAUCGCGUCGAGACUUUCGCACAGUGGCCUUUCAAGGAUGGCUGCCUUUGUACUCCGGAGCAAAUGGCACAAGCUGGAUUCAUUCACUGUCCUGGUGACAAUGCUCCCGAUGUGGCGCUGUGCUUUUUCUGCUUUAAAGAAUUAGAGGGAUGGGAGCCCGAUGAUGACCCUAUGGAAGAGCACCGAAAACAUUCCCCCAGCUGUGUGUUUCUUGCUCUCCGGAAGGACGUGGCUGACUUGACAAUGCAUGAGUUCAUAAAGCUGCAGAAAGAGAGAAGAAAGAACCAGAUUAAAAAGCUCACUAUGCUGAAAGUAAAGGAGUUUGAGAAGUAUACAUCACGUGUACGCUCAGAAAUCAACCGGCUGCGUAAAUAA